AUGCAGGACCGUUGCAUACGCAUACGCUUUCGAAUUCCUCCUCAUAAUGGCAGCUACGACAGUCCCGCCUUUUGGGGUCUCAUCAACCCGGAGUGGUCACUUUGUAAUAAGGGACGUCGACAAUCACCAGUGAACUUAGAGCCACAACGAUUGUUGUUCGAUCCAAAUCUGAGACCGCUGCAUAUUGACAAACAUAGAAUAAGCGGUUUAAUUAGCAAUACAGGGCAUAGCGUUAUCUUCACUGCUGGCAAUGAGACUGUAGCGAAUUAUGAUGGCAUGCAAACGCCAGUUAACAUAUCUGGCGGACCACUGUCAUACAGAUAUCGAUUUCAUGAAAUUCAUAUACACUAUGGACUUCACGAUCAGUUUGGUUCGGAGCAUAGUGUGGAAGGAUAUACAUUUCCAGCCGAGAAAGAUGAAUUCUUUGCACUUUUAGGGAAAGCAAGAAUAUUACUGUAUGAAAAUGGUUUCAUCGAAGCUAAAGUGUCCUUUCUUCAAACGCUUGAUAAGUACAGCCACAAUAACCUGAUCAAACCCAUCAGUUGGGAUUACAAGCUUUAA